AUGAAGAACCAUCAGGAAUCAUCCCCGAAAGCAGCCCUUGAUCCAGACACGUCCCCUGUGACCAAUCCGAAAGUCUCCUCGGCUGAUCCCUCCACCUCCCUCUGUUUGCUCGACGAAACCUGGCCAUUCCCUGACACUGCACAAGUCCCGGCGGUUUCUUCCCCCGCAAGAAACAUCAAGCCAUGGCUGAUGAGGGAUCCCUCGGAAAAGGAAAGCGCACAAGGGUUAUCCACCCAACUAUCUCUCUUCCUGGACCCAUGGAAGAUAAAGAAACACCUCACGAAGAGCGACAUCGGAAGUCAGUGCCGGCUCCUUCUGCCAACUAAGUCGGCAAUGGUUCACAUCCUGCCAUAUCUGACGGCCCAUGAAGCGGCUUUGCUCGAACAAGGGGGUGAAAUCUCGGUCAAAGUGCUCGACUUGGACAUUGAGCAAACGCACCGUCUUGUCCUGAAGAGAUGGGUCACUCGAAGCUACGUGUUCAUCGGCAAUUGGUACAAAGAGUUUGUGAGAAGAAGGAAUCUGAGAGAAGGAGAUGAGAUCGGUGCCUUCUGGGAUCCGUAUUCUUCCAGGUUGAUCUUCUGCAUCCUCGCUCGUGCCAAUCAGGAUCUCAAAUAG